GCUGGCCUGUUCGCGCAGUGGGCUGAUGAGGGUAGGGAACUCGCCGCGCUGCCGGCAAUGAACCUUGAAAAGCUUGCAGUCUAGAAGCUACCAGGCUCGGUCUCUGAUGACGUUCUAAUGCAUGUUUAUCUAGACGAACUCUUGAUCGUUCAGCCUCAGACCACUUCGGUUGCCGACAAGGCCAACGACACAGCGCAAUGGCUUCACGAGCUGGCAGAGUGGACCUCAUCAGGCGCCUUCCCACCCAUUAUCAUGAGACGCUGAAGACGAUUGAUUAUGCCAAUGGCUGGCCAUCGCUAUCGCCAUCGCCAUCACUCGUUCCGCAAACAUAUAAAAGCAGCUGGGGGCAAUAGAAAUAUCUUCGAUUUUGGACGUCGCCAUGACUCCAGCGCGUCAUAUCUGCUUGCACUCGUUACAGCGAAAGAGAACAGCCCACAAGGUCACAACCCUUUGCCAACGGUUGACGACAGUCCACCAUGCCAGCACCAAGUCAGCAGUUCACUGUAGGCGAUUAUCUCGCCGAACGCUUAGCGCAGAUCGGCAUCCGACACCAUUUCGUCGUUCCCGGUGAUUACAACCUCAUCCUCCUCGACAAGCUGCAAGCCAAUCCCGAUCUGAUCCAGGUCGGCUGUGCAAAUGAGCUCAACUGCUCCAUGGCUGCCGAGGGCUAUGCCCGCGCAAACGGUGUGUCGGCCUGCGUUGUCACUUUCAGCGUCGGUGCCAUCUCAGCCUUCAACGGCACCGGCAGCGCCUACGCCGAGAACCUCCCGCUCAUCCUUAUCAGCGGUUCUCCAAACACCAACGAUGCCGGCCAGUACCACAUCCUCCACCAUACGCUCGGCACCUCCGACUACACAUACCAGUUCGAGAUGGCCAAAAAGAUCACCUGCUGCGCUGUCGCGAUACCCCGGGCCGUGGACGCCCCCCGCCUGAUCGACCGGGCCAUCAGACACGCCCUCCUGGCCCGGAAACCUUGCUACAUCGAGAUUCCGACCAACCUCGCGGGCGCCUCCUGCGUCCGCCCAGGUCCCAUCAGUGCCAUCACAGAGCCCGUAGCCAGCGACACGGGGGCGCUCGAAGCAGCCGCGGCCUGCGCAGCCGAGUAUCUUCACGGCAAGCUCAAACCUGUCAUCCUGGUCGGCCCAAAACUCCGCCGCGCCGGCGGGGCAGCCGAGCAGGGUCUGCUGAAGCUCGCCGAAGCCAUGGGCUGCGCGGUGGCCGUGCAGCCCGCGGCCAAGGGGAUAUUCCCGGAGAACCACCCGCAGUUCGUCGGCGUGUUCUGGGGCCAGGUCAGCACGGGAGUGGCCGACGCCAUCGUGCACUGGGCGGAUGCCCUCCUGUGUGUCGGGACCGUCUUCACGGACUACAGCACCGUCGGGUGGACCGCCCUGCCCAACGUCCCCUUCAUGCAGGCCGAGAUGGACCACGUCACGUUCCCGGGCGCCCACUUCAGCCGCGUCCGCCUCGCCGAGUUUCUUCCCUUGCUCGCGUCCCGCGUUGACUUCAACAACACCACCAUGGUCGAGUACGCCCGGCUGAGACCCGACCCGCCCCAGCUGUGCGCAGCCCCGAGCGAAGCCCCGCUCACGCGCAAGGAGAUUUCCCGCCAGGUGCAGAGCAUGCUCGACGCCAACGCCUUGACCACGCUGUUUGUCGACACGGGCGACAGCUGGUUCAACGGCAUGCAACUGCGCCUGCCGGCGGGCGCGCAGUUUGAGAUUGAGAUGCAGUGGGGCCACAUUGGGUGGUCCAUCCCCGCGGCGUUUGGGUAUGCACUGCGCCACCCGGAGCGGCGGACUAUCGUCAUGAUUGGCGACGGCUCGUUCCAGAUGACGGCGCAGGAGGUGUCGCAGAUGGUGCGGUACCGGCUGCCCAUCACCAUCGUGCUGGUGAAUAACCGCGGGUACACCAUCGAGGUGGAGAUCCACGACGGGUCGUAUAACAAGAUCAAGAAUUGGGACUAUGCCAUGCUCGUCGAGGCGUUCAAUGCCGAGGAUGGCAGGGCCGUGGGGCUGAAGGCCACUACCGCGGGCGAGCUGGAGGAGGCGGUGAAGGCUGCCGGGGAGAACAAGGACGGCCCGACGCUGAUUGAGUGCUUGAUUGACCAGGACGAUUGCAGUCGGGAGCUGAUUACGUGGGGUCAUUAUGUCGCAACGGCCAAUGCGAGACCUCCGAAGGACUAGGCAGGUAUGAGAGCGGCCUGUGAUGGUCUUACUCUUCUGCUGUUUUCUGUCCUGGCUGGUUUGGCCCGAGUAGAAUAACCUGAUUCCUCUCAAUUCUGUGGUUCUUAGAUGAAAAUCAUAGAGGAGUGUUAGUAGAGCAGCGAAUAUACCUAGAGUACCAU